GCUAAAACUUUUAGGUCGCUAAAUUAACAAAUAUCAACAUGCUUCACUGAUAAAAAUUGUUUAUUGUGAGUUUUGCUGUGUUUCUAGCACGUUGUUCUGCCCUUGAAGCAGCAGCGCUUCCGUGAAUGCUCUCGCGAGAACACAACCACACAACCGUUUUUCCCGCCGGGCAUCACCAUCUGCGUCUAUUCCACUACUUUACGACGCGUUGUAUCAUAGCGUUGUAUUGUCCACGGUUGUAACUAGCGGUGAACACACAUUACGAGAUUGUUUUCGCAAAAAAUACAAACUACCCGGCGUGGUGCCCAGUUAUAUUAUCUAAAUCAUCAUGUCCAAGGCGGAGGAGCAGGUUGCGGAGACCACCGGCGCCGAAACUGGCGAGAAUUCAGCCAGCAAUGAAUCAUCAUCUGAUGCGACCUCUUCCCGGGGUAAAGGCGAAGACUUUGAAGCAAAACUGGAAAAUGAUAGAGGCAAAAGAUUUGAUUAUCUUUUGAAGCAAACUGAAAUCUUUUCCCAUUUCAUGACCAAUCCAGCAACUAAAAGCCCAACAAAACCAAAGGCAGGACGCCCAAGUAAAGCCAAAGAGAAGGAAGACAAAGAUGCAGCUGAUCACAGACAUAGAAAAACUGAGCAAGAAGAAGAUGAGGAGCUGUUGGCUGAGACCAAUACAAAAACCAAGCAGAGUAUUCGUUUUGAUGCGUCGCCGCAUUAUAUUAAAAAUGGCGAGAUGCGCGAUUAUCAAAUCCGAGGUCUUAACUGGAUGGUGUCACUGUAUGACAAUGGCAUCAAUGGAAUUCUGGCUGAUGAGAUGGGUCUGGGUAAAACACUGCAGACUAUUUCACUACUGGGUUUCAUGAAACACUACAAGAACAUUCCAAGUCCACACAUUGUCAUUGUACCCAAGUCUACUCUUGCUAAUUGGAUGGCUGAGUGCAACAAAUGGUGUCCCAGUCUUAGAGCAGUGUGUUUAAUUGGUGAUCAAGAAGCAAGAAGCACUUUUAUCAGAGAAGUCUUGAUGCCUGGCGAAUGGGACGUCUGUAUUACAUCUUAUGAGAUGUGUAUCAAGGAAAAAUCCGUCUUUAAGAAGUUCAACUGGCGCUACAUGAUCAUUGAUGAGGCUCAUCGUAUUAAAAACGAAAAAUCCAAACUCUCAGAAAUCCUACGAGAGUUUAAAACGUCAAAUCGUCUCCUGUUAACUGGUACACCUCUACAAAACAAUCUCCACGAGUUGUGGGCACUUUUAAAUUUCCUCCUCCCUGAUGUUUUUAAUUCAUCUGACGAUUUCGAUGCGUGGUUCAAUACUAAUUCUUGUUUCGGUGAUAAUGCGCUUAUCGAACGUUUGCAUGCGGUACUCAAACCUUUCCUUUUGCGUCGUUUGAAAUCCGAAGUAGAAAAACGUCUCAAACCCAAGAAAGAAGUAAAGGUUUACGUUGGUCUCAGUAAAAUGCAACGCGAUUGGUAUACGAAGAUUCUCAUGAAAGAUAUUGAUAUUGUUAAUGGUGCUGGUAAAGUAGAAAAGAUGCGACUGCAGAAUAUUCUCAUGCAGCUGCGAAAAUGCGCAAAUCAUCCAUAUCUCUUCGAUGGGGCUGAACCAGGCCCUCCGUACACUACAGAUCUUCAUUUGGUGACAAACUGUGGUAAAAUGGUGGUGUUAGAUAAAUUACUGCCGAAAAUGUUGGAACAAGAGUCGAGAGUGCUGAUUUUCUCACAGAUGACGCGUAUGUUGGAUAUUAUUGAAGAUUAUUGUCAUUGGAGACAGUUUAAUUACUGUAGAUUAGAUGGUCAAACCCCUCAUGAAGACCGCCAGCGUCAAAUCAACGAAUACAACGAACCCAACAGUAAAAAAUUCAUUUUCAUGCUCUCUACACGCGCUGGUGGUCUUGGCAUCAACUUGGCCACCGCCGAUGUGGUCAUUAUCUACGAUUCUGAUUACAACCCGCAGAUGGAUCUUCAAGCUAUGGAUCGUGCUCAUCGUAUUGGUCAAAAGAAACAAGUACGAGUUUUCCGUUUCAUCACAGAAAACACUGUAGAAGAGAAGAUUAUCGAAAGAGCCGAGGUGAAACUGCGACUUGAUAAACUCGUCAUUCAACAAGGUCGCCUCGUUGAUAACAAAACUGCCCAAUUGAACAAGGACGAAAUGAUUCAGAUGAUUCGUCACGGAGCGAAUCAUGUGUUUGCUUCUAGGGAUUCAGAGCUGCGAGAUGAGGAUAUCGAUGAUAUUCUGCAUCGUGGUGAAGAGAAAACUGCAGAGUUGUCAAAGAAACUUGAAGAAUUGGGUGAAUCUUCUCUACGUAAUUUCACAAUGGAUGCACCUGCGAAUUUGUAUCAGUUUGAGGGUGAAGAUUAUAGAGAUAAACAAAAGAGUAAUCUGAGUAAUUGGAUCGAGCCGCCAAAACGAGAACGUAAAGCAAAUUACGCUGUUGAUGCUUAUUUCCGUGAAGCUUUGCGCGUUUCUGAACCCAAAGCACCGAAAGCUCCACGUCCGCCAAAACAACCCAUCGUGCAAGACUUCCAGUUCUUCCCGCCGCGUUUGUUUGAGCUUUUGGACCAGGAAAUUUACUACUUCCGGAAAUCGGUAGGUUAUAAAGUUCCUAAGAAUUUAGAACUUGGACCCGAUGCUAGUAAACAACAGAAAGAAGAACAAAGGAAAAUUGAUGAGUCUGAACCAUUAUCAGAUGAUGAAGCAGGCGAGAAAGAAAGUUUACUCACGCAAGGUUUCACAAACUGGUCAAAACGUGAUUUUAAUCAGUUCAUCAAAGCAAACGAGAAGUUUGGACGUGAUGAUAUUGAAAAUAUUGCAAAGGAAGUUGAAGGUAAGACACCGGAAGAAGUAAUGGAGUAUUCUGCUGUUUUCUGGGAGAGAUGUCAUGAACUAACUGAUGUUGAUCGCAUCAUGGCGCAGAUCGAAAAAGGCGAGGGUAAAAUUCAACGCCGUGCGAGUAUUAAACGCGCUUUAGAGGCCAAAAUGGGUCGUUACAGAGCACCGUUCCACCAACUACGCAUUUCCUACGGCACAAACAAAGGCAAAAACUACAUGGAGGAAGAAGACAGAUUUUUGGUUUGCAUGUUACAUAAACUAGGCUUUGAUCGAGAGAAUGUGUACGAAGAGUUGCGUGCAGCUGUCAGGAGUUCCCCACAGUUUAGAUUCGACUGGUUCCUGAAAUCCCGAACGGCAAUGGAGCUUCAAAGACGUUGCAACACUCUGAUUACAUUAAUAGAACGAGAAAAUCAAGAGUUGGAAGAGAAGGAACGCGCCGAGAAGAAAAAGAAAGCGCCCAAGUCGGCGAACACUUCAACUCAGGGUAACAAUAAGGGUGGAGCACAAAAGAGGAAGAAUGAUUCGAUGGGUGGCGGUGGAGCAUCAGACGCGAAGAAAAAGAAGAAGAAAUGAACAAAUUAGAACUGAUUCUCACUCUCAACUCACAAUUACUUGAUUGUAUCUUAUUGAUAUUUAUUAAUUUGCGCGGGGGCAACCUAUUUAUAAGUGGUUGAAAUAUAUGAAAAGACCCUUUGAGUAUUUACGGCGUAAUUUACACUUAACUUGUAGUUAGGGAAUACGUAGACGUAGGUUAUUUGUUUAAUCAUAUUGUAUGACGAUGCAUGACGAUGUGUGCAGCGUUUCGUUGCAUUUUGGUAAUGUCACACUACCCAUUCUCAUAAAACGCUAGUUUUAAAUGAAA